UGUGGCAUGACGACGGACUGAGCAUCGAUGGCGACACCGUCAAACUCGAGGAGUGAGUGACGCGACGCGCGUAGGUCUUCCCAUCGCGCUGAUGCACGCCACGCAGCAUCGUCACUCGGAUAUGUAUGGACGUGCGGUUACUGGCACAGCUGUACACGUUUCCCGACCGGCCACCCAACCUGGCGCGACGGCUGUGCAGCGAGGAGUGCCAUGCGAUCUACAACGGCGGACGGCACGCCUACGUGCUGGCGCUCAGCCGCAUCGCCUUCGCCGACGAGCCGUCGUGGGUGGACGACGCGGAGCGGAGACGCAUGCAGGUCGUCACCGGUAAGUCGAGCCGGGCAGCAGACGUCUGGCGCUUGCUGACGUCCGACCUGCAGACUUGGCCGUUGAGCUCGUGGAGCUCAUGCUCAAUCCCGAAGAGCUCGAGGCGGCGUGGGAGCUGUGCGCCGAGGGCGCCAGCGACGACCGCGGCGAUGAUGCCUCGUCUGGGUCUCUGACGCAGGCGUCGAAUCCUGCCGGCGCUCCUACGCCGGUCGCCAAUCGGGCGGCCGCCGCGUCGCAGACCCAGCCCGAGAUGAUCGUGAUUGACGACG